AUGUGUGAGGGCGAUGAUGGCGAUGGUGCAUGGAAGAAGUUGCAAGAAGGAUGGAUGCACGUCGACCGGCGAGCCUAUCAUGGAGACGGCGGCAACGAAGAAUCGAGCUGCCUGAAGAACUUCGUCUCGUUUCUUUUUCUUCUUCUUCUUCUCUCUUCUGCUGCCUCUGCUGCCUCUGCUGGAUGGCCUGGCGGGAUCUCAGGAAAUGCUACUGAUGCCACUCGCAUGAUGCACAGGCUGGACUGGUUAUCGCCAGCGGACCGCUGCUGCGACUGCUCUGGAGUCUCCAUCGCGACCCUCGAGAGAUCCUGGCCUUCACACUCUACUGGCGCCACUAUCACAGCGGGAUCCUGGCUGCUGAAAGUAUGGCAUCCGCUCGGUAGGCCUGAGAUGCUGCGCUGCCGUCACAGAUUGGCUGGAGGGCUGUUUCAGCCUGGCAGAGCACCAGAGAGCCUCGAUGGACGAAGUAUCGAUGCAGUUACAUUGAUAUAUUAUACUUGUCUGAAGGAAGAACAGGCACACAGCGGACGAGGGGAGAUGGGAUAA